AUGCCUAUUGAGAACAACGACACGGAGGUGACGAUAACAUCGCCAACAGAUGCAAACACACAAGUCAAAGUGUUGAAGUAUGGAGCAACAGUCUACUCGUGGAAAGUUGAGGGAGAGGAGCAAUUAUGGCUCUCAAAAGGGGCCAAGUUGGACGGCUCGCGGCCCGUGAGGGGAGGAAUCCCAUUGGUGUUCCCAGUUUUCGGCAAAUCGCAGGAUCCUUCGGUGUCGAAAAUGCCACAACAUGGAUUUGCCAGAAGGUCCACUUGGGAGUUUUUAGGACAGACGAAGGAAAACCCACCAACUGUUCAGUUUGGCUUGGGACCAGAGAAUGCAGACCAGGAGGUUUACAAGCAGUGGGGCGAGGGCAACACCGAUUUCACUCUUGUGCUCACAAUCCAGCUUUUGAAGGAUUCCCUUAAGAUGAACAUCGAGGUGUCGAACCCGGGAAAGAAGGAAUUCAAGUUCAACUGGCUUUUCCACUCGUAUCUCACCGUGGAUGACAUCGAGGACUCGCUCAUCAACAACCUCCCGGGCGAGUAUUGCUACGAUCAGUUGAUCAAAGAGCAUUAUACCGAAAGAGAGCCGGCGGUCAACUUUUCAGGCGAGUUGGACCGUGUUUACAUCAAUGUUCCUACAGAAAAGAAUCUCCAGGUUGUUGACAUGGGCCGUGCUUUCCACACUGUACAGCGGAACAACCUUCCGGAUGUGGUUAUCUGGAAUCCAUGGACCGACAAGGCCAAAUCCAUGUCUGAUUUCAGUCCUAAGAACGGUUUUUUGAAGAUGGUGUGUGUUGAACCGGGUCACGUGCACGGCUUUGUUUCUUUGAAGCCCGGGGAGUCGUGGACCGCGGGCCAGAUCAUCCACAAGGGUGCGAUGUGA